AAAGGAAUGGUGUUAUCCAUCAACUGCAAACAAUCAACCGGGAGAUGGGAGGAGCAAGCAACCCAGAAUUUUGCUGAAACAUCAUCUGUCAUCCUGCCAAUUGUUCAGAUCCCUUUCAAUUCCAGUAACCGAUGCUCCUUGGUCUCAGUUUGGCUGCCUAGAAAGUGGAGGAAGACGAAAGGAGGGUCACAUUUUCUGCUGCUUUGAUGUCUACCAAACUGACCGGACAAGGACUGCCGAGAAAUGUUUCUCUUUAGAAGAUGAUUGAAUGAAUUUACAUGACGGGUAAUGUUUGCAGAUGGAGUGCACUCUUAAAUUUCAAAAGUUCUGUCUGGUAGAAACCAGGAGAUGGAUUUUCAUGGUGGGGUUAGUGGCAAUUACUUAUUUGUUGUGUCAAUCCCUGUUGCUUCCAUAUGGAAAUGCUCUUCUGUCUCUACUGCCUGAUCGGGAUGUUCCAAUAUAUGACAAUUUCAGCUCCCCAACUAGACAAUCUUCUGUCAGGUCUUUUAUGGUUAACAAGUCCCUUCUUUCCAAUGCUUCAGACUUGACUGACACUUCACUGUUUGUUGAGGUGGUAGAAGAUGUGGAGAAAUCAAAUGUUACGGUAGAAUUUGGGGAUGAUAAUGGAACAGAGGGAACAGAUGAAGACAUAGAAGAUGGUCUUGCAUUAGAGAGAGAAGACCUGGAAAACAUUGUUGAAUUCAAUGAGGAUGAUAAUGGACCAAAGGAAAAGGGUGGAGACACAGAGAAUUUUGCCUCAGAGAGCAAAGGCAUGGAUCACGUUGUUGAAUUUACUAAGGAUAACAACAUAAGUAAAGGUUUGCCAUUUAAGAAAGUUGUAGAUAUGGAUGGGAUCUCUGCAUUGGAAUAUGUCAACAAUCAAGAAAAUAGUUCAGAUCUGAAAAAGGACAGUGAAAUGAGACACAUCGGCUCUGCAGUGCAUAUUGUGAAACCACCAAAUGAGGGAAUUUCAACAGACAAUAUUGUAAAAGCAGAUGCAAGUCUAACACCAAGUACCCCUGGAAGUCUAGGUACUACUUUCAAAUCCCAUUUGCUUGCAUCUCCUGGAGUAGAUUCAUUAUUUAACACCACCUACAUCGAAAAAAUGGCAUCAAAUGGAAACGCCUCAAACCAUUUGACCGCCACUGACAUAUCUUCUGUUGGAAAGCCAGAAAAAGAAAUCCUUUCUAAGGAUGAAAAUCUUCUGGUGCUGCAGAGUGAUCUUGCUGAUUUAAACAAUAAUUCUGCAAUGACAAGUAAUCCUGGGAGGAAAAAGAUGCAGAGUGAGAUGCCUCCAAAAUCAGUAACAUCAAUAUAUGAUAUGAACAGAAGAUUAGUUCGGCACCGUGCUUCCUCACGUGCAAUGAGACCUCGUUGGGCCUCCCCACGUGACCAGGAAAUGCUGGCUGCAAAGUUACAGAUUCAGAAUGCUCCUAGAGUAAAGAAUGAUCCAGAACUUCAUGCUCCUCUUUUUCGAAAUGUUUCCAUGUUUAAAAGAAGCUAUGAACUCAUGGAGCGCAUCCUGAAAGUUUAUGUCUACAAGGAUGGAGAAAAACCCAUCUUUCACCAACCAAUACUCAAGGGACUAUAUGCCUCUGAGGGAUGGUUUAUGAAACUGAUGGAGAGAAACAAGCAUUUUGUUGUGAAGGACCCUCGACAGGCUCAGCUGUUUUAUAUGCCUUUUAGUUCACGGAUGCUGGAGUACAAACUGUAUGUACGGAACUCUCACAACCGGACCAAUCUACGCCAAUAUUUGAAGCAGUAUUCAGAAAAAAUUGCUGCAAAAUAUCGUUUCUGGAAUAGAACUGGUGGAGCAGAUCACUUUCUUGUUGCUUGCCAUGAUUGGGCUCCAUACGAAACAAGACAUCAUAUGGAACAAUGCAUCAAAGCCCUCUGCAAUGCUGAUGUAACUGCAGGCUUCAAAAUAGGCAGGGAUGUGUCUCUUCCAGAAACAUAUGUCCGUUCCGCAAGAAAUCCUCUUCGAGAUCUCGGAGGAAAACCUCCUUCUGAGAGGCACAUUCUUGCCUUUUAUGCUGGAAACAUGCAUGGAUAUUUACGACCAAUCUUGCUGAAGUACUGGAAGGACAAAGACCCUGAUAUGAAGAUCUAUGGCCCAAUGCCUCCUGGUGUUGCAAGCAAAAUGAAUUACAUCCAGCACAUGAAGAGCAGCAAGUUUUGCAUCUGUCCCAAGGGUUACGAGGUCAACAGCCCACGGGUGGUUGAAGCCAUCUUUUACGAGUGUGUGCCUGUGAUCAUAUCUGACAAUUUCGUGCCACCAUUUUUCGAUGUCUUAGAUUGGGGAGCAUUCUCAAUAAUACUGGCAGAGAAAGAUAUUCCCAACUUGAAAGAUGUUCUCCUCUCGAUACCAAAUGAUAAGUAUCUUCAAAUGCAGCUUGGGGUAAGGAAGGUUCAGAAGCAUUUUCUGUGGCAUGCCAAGCCCUUGAAGUAUGAUCUUUUCCACAUGACCCUCCAUUCAAUUUGGUACAACAGAGUUUUCCAGGUAAAACCUAGAUGAUUUUAAGAGAUCUUUUGAUGGGCAUAUGAGAUGAAGUUAAACAUGAGGAGUAGAGACACAACUGCAAGCCUGCAGAGGAAAAACAAAAAGACUGCUGAAUAAACCAUUUGCCUCUCUUUAUUGUCCUCUUUUCAUGGUGUACAAAGAGGCUCUGUCUGGAUGUGAGAAUUAACAUUAUGUUAAGGCAAUUUUCUCCUUCCCUUUUGUAUAUAUGUUGUUGUACCAUUUUCCUCUUGUAAGAAAGAUUUAAGAUUGUAGACUUCUAUAAAUAGAAAAUCUAGAAAUUCCUCAA